CUGAUUAUCGCUGCACACUCAAGUUGCUGUCUAUUUUUGGUUUUAUUUUGAAAAAGGGAAAUGUCUGAUAAGGGGACGCAGCAGCAGCCACAGGUGGAAGUGGUGAUGAAGGUGGAAGGGGAACAACCUUCAGCCUCCACUCCUCCACCUCUAACUGCUACUCAGCAGAUGAAGGAGUUGGAAGAGCAACUGCGGCAGCAGCAGGCCAGGCUUGCAGCAUUGGAACAGCAGGAGGCGGCUGAGCUAGAAGCUGCAGCAGAUAAUUCCAGAAGAGAAUAUCUGUUGCAGCAGCUAGACAAGGCGCUCACAGAUGAUCGCUGUGUGCAGAUCACCAAAUACAUGGCAGAGAUGAUCCUGCUGGAACACAAGAUCACCAGUUCACAAUUUAUGAACUGGGAUGACCACUUUGUGCGAUUGGAGCGUCGGGUUGACGACCUGUCAGCUCAGCGGUCUAAGAUCCUGGAUGCUAUCCAACGCUUGACUGCUCAGCUGGCAGCCGCCAAGAUGAUUGCCACUCAACUCCCUCUGCUGAAACCCAAACCUUCUCCUCCUCCUUCGCCCCCUUCUACUCCCCCUGGUUCAGCACAUUCACCCCGGUCACCAUCCCAUUCCCAAAAGGCCUCAGCAAAGGCCACCUAUGCUGCUGUGACUGCAGGAGACUACAGAGGUCCAAAGAUCCCUGCUCCCAACAAGUUUAGGGGCGAUGACCCCAAGACCGAUAUUGGGGACUGGGCUGCUGGGACCAAUGCCUACUCGAGGGGCUUUGUCUGUGUAGAACAGACCAAGGUGGCAACUGUUCUGGGACUGCUGGAGGGACCUGCAUUGAAGUGGGCCACCUCCACCUCCAGCAGUAUGCAGCAGUCCAUGGAGGACUGGGCUUUUGGGCUUGGGGUGGACAGACUUCUGCAGGCCCUGGAGGACCAAUGUGCAGACAAGGAACGGGCCCGCAAGGCUGUUGACAGGAUUGCUCACCUGGGACAGCAGCGGUACAGCGGCACCCUGCAAGCCAUGUUUGCAGAAUUCGAGCAGCUUACCUCCACCCCUGGGUUGGUCAUGUCAACUGACGAUCUGUUGACCAACUUCUACAGGGCCGCACCUGAGAAGUUUGUUGUUGCAUUAUACAGCGCUGGGCACAAGGACUCGAGGUCCUUUGGCCGCGCAGCCUGGACAUGGAGGCAAAGCUUCAUGUUCAGGCCCCAUCCUCUGACAGGAGGAAAGAUGCCUUCCCUAGAGGUGGCAGAAAGGGAAAGGCAGCCUUUACUCAUGCGGGGUCUGCAUCAGGAUCAGAUUCAGAUUCCCAGGUUGAUGCACCUUCAGUUGGGACUGGAUCUGCUCCCGAGACAGAUGUUGCAGCAGCCCUGACUCAGGCUGUUUUGGGGGUUCUGCAGCAGCAGA